GUUUUAUCAAGCACUCCUAAAUGUUUAUAGUGAAAUGGAAGCAGAGGUUGCAAAAGAAAGAAGAUUAUAUGCUAUGGAUUAUGCGAAAGAGUCGAUGAAGAGACUAGUGAAAGCUUACUUUAAUGAAGCCAAGUGGUCUCAAGAGAGCUACGUUCCAGUUAUGGAGGAGUAUAUGCAGGUUGCCCUCAUUUCCUGUGCUUAUCCAAUGCUUAUAACAAAUUCCUUUGUUGGCAUGGGAGAAGAUGCAACUAAGGAGGUCUUUGAUUGGAUCUCUAAUAAUCCUAAAAUGCUUAAAGCUUCCACAAUUAUCUGUAGACUCACGGAUGAUAUUGUCUCGCAUGAGUUUGAGCAAACACGAGAUCAUGUUGCAUCAAGUGUUGAAUGCUAUAUGAAGCAAUAUGGUGCUUCAAAGGAAGAGACUGUGAAACUAUUUCAGGAAGAAGUUGCGAAUGCAUGGAGAGAUAUUAAUGAAGGGUUCAUGAAACCAGCAGUCGUUCCCAUGCCUAUACUCACUCGAAUUCUAAAUUUGGCUCGUAUGAUAGAUUUCAUAUAUGAGCGCGGUGAUGGUUAUUCAAACUCUCACAUUAUUAAGGCCACAAUUGAAUUAUUGCUAGUGGAUCCUGUUAUAUUAUGAAGGAGUAUCAAUCCCUAUAACUCCAUUUAAAUUUUAUCGCUUGUUAUUUAUGUUAAAGGGAUGUGUGUGAUUGUUUGUAAUAUAUUUCAUUUAGUAAA